GUUGAUGUCACCAUUACUCAAGGAUCACAGAACACUAAAAGCUCCUUUGAGACAUCUGUAGAUGGCAGUACUAGCAAUGCUGAUGUCAAGGAAAGUGACAUGUCAAGAUCACCUACAGAGAGGGAACCAGAAGAUACAGACAUGUCCAGAGCAGAGCAGUUUUUAGACUCGUUGAGCAUCAGUGGAAGCCUAAGAUAUCAUAAAGAACCUAUCAAAAAUCCUCAUGCAGUCAGUGCAUGAAGCUUUAAAAGAAGAAAAGCAACCACCACCACGUGCCAAGUCUCUGGACACCAUAUUGUGCUUGGACGUGUCUGCUAGUGUGGUGGAAAAUCCGGGUCUGGAGACAGUGAAGCAGAUUGCCCUCAAGUUUGUAGAUGGUGUAGAAGACUUGAUGGAAGAAAUGGACUUAGAGGAAAACAUUGCUGUUGUGACAAUGGGGAAAAAGGCAAAGGUCAUCCAACACUUGACCAAUGACCUCAGUCUGGUCAGGGAAGCUAUAGAAUCUGUGGACAAUGAGGCUGGCGGCCGCUCUCCAUUUAUGCAGGCAUUGCUCGUGUGCCUUGCUGCUAACAAAGGCAGAGGUGGUAUUGUGAAUGUCGCUGGUGUGUACAAAGUGUAUCCUCGCAUCAUUUUCAUCACUGAUGGUCAUCCAACUGACGAGUCAGUAGAAUCAGGAUCUGAUAGUCCAACCAACCUGAGCCAGGUUAAGUUUUCCCUGGUGCAGCUAAUCACUGAGAUUUCUUCCAAGAAGCAUAAGUCUACCCCAAAACCUAUUUUCUGGGUGCCAGUGGGAACCAAGGCAAACAUGGCAUUCUUAGAUUCUUUGGCUGAGCUAUGUGGUGGGAGAUCAGUGCCUGCUGAAGACAUCAAAAGCUUGUGUCGCUACUUCAAAAUCCAUCAAACAGCUGGACGUUUGUACAAGAUGAUAAAAAACCACCCAGACCGCUAUGUAGAUCAACAAAUGCAGUCAGUGGUAACAGCCAUUUCACCAAACUUGACCAUCAAUGAGCAGCGUACAGUUUUGGAGAUUGUGAUGAAACUGAAGGAUAAGCCACCAGAAGAGGAAGAACCAGAAGCAGACAGCUUUGGCAAUUUGUAUGAAGACAAAGAGAAAGUGAAGACUGGUGAGUUGUUGCCACUUGGAACUCGGGUGGUUCGUGGACCCGACUGGAAGUGGAAAAAUCAGGAUACAGAUGGUGCAGGCACAGUGAUUCAGCAUGACAAGGAAAACAACUGGAUUUAUGUGAAAUGGGACAAUGGAACUCAUAAUGCAUAUCGAUACAACGAAAAUGGAAAAGUUGAUGUCGAGGAAUCAAAACAUCAUCCCAGAGAACUACCACUAGACAGCCCCAGCCUUGACUUUGGAGUACGAGUAGUCAGAGGUCCUGACUGGAAGUUUGAAAAUCAGGAUGGCAAGGGCCCAGGCAUUGUUGUGCGAUGGCGCAAGUCAGAUGGAAAGUGUAAGGUUCGAUGGGACAACACGGGUACAUUCCAUGAGUACUAUUACAGUGCUAAACGUGGUCAUGAAGUGCAAAUCUACACACCUCAGUUUGCUAGGGAUGGAACAAUUCUGCAGACAGAUAAUGGAAAACCUACAGAAGAAAGUGUUGGGCAGACUUCCACAAAGACUAUUCCUAUGUGGAAGUGGAGAGAUGAGAAUCGGAGGUGGCGACUCUACAGUGAAGACAUUUCUGUUUAAACUGGAGAAUGAAUAUCAGAAACGGCAGCAGGGUUCUGCAGUUAUCAUGAAAAAUGGCAUAAGCUGGCGCGUCAGCUUCAAAACAUGGCAGGAGAAGGCUGUGGACAAGGGUAUUGCACAUGAUGUGGAGAGAGAGU